AUGACUGGGAGGUCCAAACUUCUAAAAGUGGUUCUGCUUGGGGACGGAGGUGUGGGAAAGAGCUCUCUGAUGAACAGAUUUGUCAGCAAUAAAUUUGACUCCCAGUCAUUUCACACAAUUGGAGUCGAAUUUUUAAACAAAGAUGUCACAGUUGGUGGAGAAAAUUACACAAUGCAAAUCUGGGAUACCGCAGGUCAGGAAAGGUUCAAAUCUCUCCGAACACCAUUUUACAGAGGAGCUGAUAUUUGCUUGUUAACUUUUGCAGUUGAUGACCGAAAAAGCUUUGAGAACCUACCAAUGUGGAAGCGGGAGUUUCUUUAUUAUGCUGACAUCAAAGAGGGAUCCCCCUUCCCAUUUAUAAUCAUUGGAAAUAAGGUGGAUGUGCCGAACAGGGAGGUAGCAGAAGACAUGGCUCGGACCUGGUGCGCUCGAAACGGGAACAUGCCAUAUUUUGAGACUAGUGCGAAAGAUUCCACAAAUGUAGAAAAGGCUUUUAUUUCUGCUGUCUCCUGGCUACGAGAUAUGGAGGACCAGUUAGAUAUCCGGCCAGUGCAAACAAACUCUGUCGAUUUGAGCAAACGAUCCAAAUCUUCCAAUUCUGGUUGCUGUAGUUAA